AUGUCUGAUUCAGCUGAAAACAAUAUUGAAAUCUGGAAGAUUAAGAAGUUAAUCAAAGCCUUAGAAUUGGCUAGAGGUAACGGUACCUCCAUGAUUUCUUUGAUCAUGCCUCCAAAGUCACAAAUUUCCUUAACUCAAAAAUUAUUGACUGAAGAAUAUGGUACCGCUUCUAAUAUUAAAUCCCGUGUUAACAGAUUAUCUGUGUUAUCUGCCAUUACUUCUACCCAACAAAAAUUGAAAUUAUAUAAUUCUGUGCCAAAAAAUGGUUUAGUUAUCUAUUGUGGGGAUGUUAUCACCGAAGAUGGUAAAGAAAAGAAAUUGAAUAUUGAUUUCGAACCAUUCAAACCAAUUAAUACUUCAUUAUAUUUAUGUGAUAAUAAAUUCCAUGUUGAAGCUUUAAGUGAAUUAUUGGAAGAUGAUGACAGAUUUGGUUUUAUUAUUAUGGAUGGUAAUGGAGCCUUAUUUGGGGCUGUUACUGGUAAUACUAGAGAAGUUUUACAUAAAUUCACUGUUGAUUUACCAAAGAAGCAUGGUAGAGGGGGUCAAUCUGCUGUUCGUUUCAGUAGAUUAAGAGAAGAAAAAAGACAUAAUUAUGUUAGAAAAGUUGCUGAAGUUGCUGUGCAAAAUUUCAUUACUGCUGAUAAAGUUAAUGUUAAAGGUUUAAUUUUAGCUGGUUCAGCUGAUUUUAAAACUGAAUUAUCAAAAUCUGAUUUAUUCGAUUUAAGAUUACAACAAAAAGUUAUUAAAAUCGUUGACAUCUCUUAUGGUGGAGAAAAUGGUUUCAAUCAAGCUAUUGAAUUAUCAGCUGAAACUUUAGCUAAUGUUAAAUUCGUUCAAGAAAAGAAAUUAUUGAAUGAUUAUUUCGAUGAAAUUUCUCAAGAUACCGGUAAAUUCUGUUAUGGUAUUGAAGAUACUUUAAAAGCAUUAGAUUUAGGUGCUUGUGAAAUUGUUAUCGUUUAUGAAAAUUUAAAUAUCAUCCGUUAUACUUUCAAGAAUUCUGAAGGUGAUGAAGUCGUUGUUCAUGCUAACCCAGAAUUACCUGAUAAAUCUUAUAUGUUAGAUAAAGCUACUGGUACUGAAAUGGAAACCGUUAAAGAAGAAAUAUUCUUGGAAUGGUUAGCUGAAAAUUAUAAGAGUUUCGGUGCUAAUUUAGAAUUCGUUACUGAUAGAUCUUCUGAAGGUGCUCAAUUCGUUCAAGGUUUUGGUGGUAUUGGUGCCAUGUUAAGAUACAAAGUUAAUUUCGAUGCUUUGGUUGAUGAAUCCGAUGAAGACGAAUAUUAUGAUGACAAUAGUGAUGAUGAUUUUAUUUAG